AUGUUUCAUCUAUUGCCGAAUGAAUUAUUCUAUGAAGUCUUCGAAUAUUUAACAACAUACGAUAUAUUAUACGCAUUUAAAGGAUUAAACAAACGAAUUGAUGCAUUUUUAAGCAAAUAUAAGAAGUAUGAUCUUAAUUUUAUAUCGUGUCCAAAAUGGAAAUUCGAUUUUGUUUGUCAAUCGAUUUCUUCUGAACAAAUUCGAUCAUUAAUAAUAUCCGAUGCCGAUGGCACAUGUCGGCAAAUCCAUUUAUUUUUUAAUUUAUUCUAUAUUCGACAAUGUGUUAAUCUUGAAUCUUUAACAUUAAUCGAAAUUACUGAACAAGAUUCGAAUAAACUCCUCCCAAAAUUAUCUCAUCUACCAAAUCUAUCUUAUUUAUCAAUUCAAUCUGGAGAUAGAACAAUAAUUCCAUCAAUACAAUCGCCAUUGGUAAAACCUGCACAUCAUCUAAUAUCUAAAAUAUCACAAUUAUCAUUAAAACAUUUAUCCGUUGGUAUUUUUUCAAUAAGUCAAUUGCAAGAAUUAUUAUCGUAUACAUCAACAUUAAGUAGUUUAGAUGUUCAAUUAUAUGCGGAUACUAUUACGGUUAGCAGUAAUUUUCUUUCAACAACAGUAAAAACAGAAAUUCGCCAAUUAAAAAUAAAAUUGAUCGAAAAAUCGAAUAUAACAUUUUAUGAUAUAGAACAGUUGCUUAUUUGUAUGCCGAAAUUAAAAAAAUUUACUUUUAUUGCAGUAAAAGGAUUUAGAUUUAUUCAUGGUGAUCAAUGGGAACAACUUAUUCGAACAUAUUUACCACAAUUAAAAAAAUUUCAUUUUAAAAUUCAUCCGAAUUUAGAAAAUAUCAAUGUAAAACAUGUAUUAGCAACAUUUCAAACUCCAUUUUGGUUAAAAGAAAAUCAAUGGAGAAUUCAUUGUGAUCAUUUUAUCCUUCCAAAUAGUGCUCAUCGUAGAGUGCACAAUGUUCAUUUGUAUACGUUGCCGUACAGUGACCAACAAUUCCAUUUAUGUUCAUCAACAUAA